AUGGGAGGUGCAUUUUGCCGCCUGUGCUGCAACCGCCCCAGCGAGAGCGGUGAUGCUCUCGAUGAGUUGGGAAAGCCGUGGCCAGAAAAGCAGACAGAAGACUUCGUGGGCCUUGAGGCUUCAUGCAGAGACCGAAGCUAUGUGAACCGCAUGAUGUGGCUGACUUUUGCAGGGUUUCCGAAGAUUAAUGCCUGGGAGCGGCAAGUUGCUUGGGAAGCCGUCCCGUCUCCUAUUGUGAAUGGGCUGUCCCUGCUAGAGCAAAGCCAGAGCAAUACGCCGGAGUCUCUCAAAGUGCUGGCUGAAGCUUUGAAGACUCAGAAGACGGUGAUUGUCGGUUCUGUUCGAAUGGGCUAUGGCCAUCACCGCAUCGCCUAUUCUGCGCUGACCUGGGCUUUGGAACUUGGAGGGAAGCCCUUCUUACUGGACAUCCUCUCCCCCGACUGCAUCGAGGCAGCCGUGGUCCGAAACAUGGACAAGCAGUACUCUCGCAUGUCUCGCAUCGCUUCCAAUCUUGGUGGAGUCUUCGAUGCCAUCUGGGGCAAGAUGAUGCUGCAAGGUGAUGCAAAUGCCCUCAGACUGAGCCUGGCAUUGGCUCAGCGCAUUCGAGGCAUCAUGGCGGCGUUUCCGAAAGACGUGCCAGUCAUUACCACCCACCCCUUCGUCGGGAACAUGGCGGUGGCAUGCGGCUUCAAGCACGUCAUCAACUUGAUCUUCGACAACCUCCCACAGUACUUCGUCCUGGUUCCGGGUGCACUGAACCUCGUCCAGUCCCCGUCGUACUUCGACAAGCUCCUUGACAUGGGAUGCCCCGCAAAAAGUCUUCGCCUGGCCGGGCACUGGGUGUCCAGUGACCUCUGCAUCAAUGCCGUUGCAGACAGCAAGUCAAGGAUCGAGCGGAGUGAGCAGAACCUGCCACGGCGAUUCCUCAUUGCGGUCGGUGGAGCAGGUGCUCAGAGUGCCUUUCUUUCCGGCCUGCUGUCUGCCAUGGCACCUCUCCUUCGGGACAAAAAGAUCCGUAUCUACUUGAACUGCGGGGACCACAAGCACAUCGCAGAUGCCAUUGUCUCGAAGCUCAAAACCUUGGAUCUCGACUGGAACGAAGUGACGUCGAGCGAGGGCACCGUUUCCCUUUGCAAGAAAGAGGCGCUGGACCUCCUCGAGGAGCCGCCAAACUGGAAGGCCGUGACAGUCUUCCGCUUCGACUCACACUUUGCUGCCUUCCGCUGCACAGACUUGGUGAUCCGUGUGGCAGAUGUGCUCGUGACGAAGCCAUCAGAGCUGGCCUUCUUCCCAGUUCCGAAGCUCCACAUCCGCCGAGUCGGGGCACACGAGGCCCACUCGGCUGUGCGAGCCCAGGAACUCGGCGAUGGCAGCGUCGAGUGCCGCGAGGUGCCCCAUGCGAUGCAAAAGCUGGGUCAGCUCAUCGAACCUCAAUCGCCACUCUUCCGGCUGAUGAACGAGUGCAUCAUCAAGGCGGCUGAACAGAAAGUCUAUGAGGGAAGCAAGGUGGCUUGUGAGUUUGCCUUCGGUGCGCAGUAA